UCAUUUUUUUUUUGUUGUGUGUACUUUUUUGAAAGUGUUAGUGUUUGUGUUCAUUAUUUUUACAGUUUUUUCAGAGCAAAACAAGAAAACAAAAUAGUGAAAUAAGUUUGGGUUUUGAUUUUUAUCCUUUUUUUUUUUUUUGCUGAAAUUCGUCCAAUAAUUUUGAGUUGAAGAGAGUUUGAUUGUUUUUACAGUUAUUUUUUCUGAAAAACAAGAAAUAAAAAUAGUGGAAUAUGCUUGGGUUUUGAUUUUCAUCCAUUAUUAUUAUUAUUAUGCUGAAAUAUGUCCAAUAAUUUUCAAGUUGAUUGUUUUUACAGUUUUUUUUUUUAAUUGCAAAACAAGAAAAAAUAGUGAAAUAUGCUUGGGUUUUGAUUUUCAUCCAUUAUUAUUUUUUUUAUUUUUUUUUGUGCUGAAAUAUGUCCAAUAAUUUUCAAGUAGAUUGUUUUUACAGUUUUUUUUUAAUGGGAAGACAAGAAAAAAAAAACAAUGAAAUAUGCUUGGUUAUGAUUUUUAUCCAUUACUUUUUUUUUUUUUUUUGCUGAAAUGCAUCCAAUAAUGUUGAAGUUGAGUGAUUUGAAGAGAGUUACCAUUUUUUUUUUACAUUUUGUUUUGCUGCAAAACAAGAAAAAAAUAGCGAAAUAUGCUUGGGUUUUGAUUUUCAUCCAUUAUUAUUAUUAUUUUUUGCUGAAAUAUGUCUAAUAACUUUCAAGUUGACUGUUUUUACAGUUUUUUUUUUAAUUGCAAAACAAGAAAAAAAACAAUGAAAUAUGUUUGGGUUUUGAUUUUUAUCUGGUAUGUUUUUUUGGCUGAAAUGCAUCCAAUAAUGUUGAAGUUGAGUGAUUUGACGAGAGUUUCCUUUUUUUUUUUUUUGUUAUUUUCAUAAGUUUUGGUUUUCUGCAAAACAAGAAAAAAUAGUGAAAUAUGCUUGGUUUUUGAUUUUCAUCCAUUAUUUUUUAUUUUUUUUGGGCUGAAAUCUGUCCAAUAAUGUUGAAGUUGAGUGACUUGAAGAAUGUUUGAUUGUUUUUACAGUUUUUUUAAAGAAAAAUAAGAGAAAUAGUGAAAUAUGCUUGGGUUUUGAUUUUCAUUCAAUAAUUUUCAAGUUGAGUGACUUGAAGAGUGUUUGAUUGUUUUUACAGUUUUUUUUAGAGAAAAAUAAGAAAAAAUAGUGAAAUAUGCUUGGGUUUUGAUUUUCAUCCAAUAAUUAUUUUCUUGCUGAAAUCCAUCUAGUAAUUUUGAAGUUGAGGUACCUGAAGAUCAUUUGAUUGUUUCUACAGUUAUUUUGUCUGCAAAACAAGAAAAAGAUAAUGAAAUAUGCUUGGGUUUUGAUAUUUAUACUAUUUUUUUUUUAAGAGAGUAGACCUAAAAUCUAUGUGAUUUAGCUAAGAACAGAAUAAAAUGGAUUUCAGAUUCGAGUGAAGAAAGAGGGCUAGCCCCCCGGACUCCCGGAGGGCUUUCGGGGACUGGGGAAGACGGGUGGAUUAUAGAGCUUGGUUAGGGACUUAGGGACAAAUGAAAGGUUCUGCCGUCGCGAUUGGGCAUGAACAAGCCUCGACUGGGCAAGCAUUGAUGAUAAAAGAAAAACUUCCCCCAUCGCAUCAUUAAUUGGUGUAGGAUUCAAGAUCUGGUCAAACAAAAAAAUCAUACAGUUUAUGCCAACUCAUCAGGAUUAAGCCUUAGUUGUUGAAGCCUUGUUAGCAACCCAGGCAUCAUUAGUAGUUGAUAUGUUUGGAUUGUGUAUAUAUAGACUGAAACACUAUUUUAGAAAGACCUGUCAAAAGAGCAUUUUGUCAUAGUAUGAUGUGUUUUAUCUUGGGCAAGUGGUCGUGUAACAUAGCUUAGACAUAUCCUGAUUAACUGGAGAUACCAUGGAGUUGCUUUUGAUAUAAACACAGCUCUUCUUUCUGGAGAAUUUGGUCCUACUCUCCAUCCCAAUUCAUGUGACACUUCUUUUGAGAUAAGACGUCACUCUACUGUUAAUAUUGUUAUUGUAAACAAUUUUCACAAGUUUAUUAGGAAUCAAGUAUGUACUUUGAUAUGAUGUUUUUCGUUCUGCCAAACUAACUUUCCUAUCAUGAUUUUGAUAGUAUUAUUUUCCGCCACUAGUUAGUUACAUGAUAUACAAGUCAAAUUCUUGUAUUCACUUUUAAUGACAUGAUGUCGGACAAUAGGACAUGGGGAGCUCGAUAAGAUUCCAUAAUCUUGUGGAAGCAUACUCUAAGUUCAUCUUCUAGCAGUUUAACUCUGAAGAAUGUGUAUUUAUGCAUUCAUGUGUAUUUAUGCAUUCAUCUAUUAGAUAUAUACCAUUUCUGGAUCUGAAUUUAUGUAGAUAGACCCUAUUUACUGUUCAUACCAUUUCUUCCAAUGAAGGGAGCUUUUAAAUCCUUCUUUCUAAAACCUGAAAGCACCGUAGGGACCAUCCUUAGUUGUAUUAGUUAGCAGGGCUGCAAUGCGUUUUCCAAUUUUAAUGUGCAAUUUUGCAUUUUGAAUUGUUGGCCACAAGGAGCUUUUACUGAAUUUGGUAGCUGUACAGUCAUUAGCUUGCAACGUGUAUAGCUUAAUGGAAGAUGUAGUCUCGGAAACAGCCUCUCUACUUGCCAAGGUAGGUGUAAGGUCUGCGCCAGACCCCACUUGUGGGAUUACACUAGGUAUGUUGCUGCUGCUGUAUUUGCAAUCCUGCGUUUUUGUCUCUGAUACAGGGGUAAACUUUUUUACAGGGAUGCAUUUGUCCAUCUGGGAUCUACCUUACACUGGAGAUGAAAACAGUUUUCCAGCAAACAAUUUGGCUCAAAACUUCUAUGUCAAUCAAAAGCUUGACACUAUAGAGGAAGAUGCCAUAAAUGAGAAAUGUUGUCUGCAAGUGCUAGAGAUACUUAUUGCAAAAGCUGAUACAGAAAUUGUUGAACUUGAAGAUGAUAUAGUGAUGCUACAAAGCCAACUAGCCCGUGCUGAUGAAAAAUGGUUGGAUAUGUGCAUUGCUGAUUUGAAUAAAAAGAUUGAUCACCUUGGUAGUUUGAUAACGGCCUUGAAAAAUGAAAAUGUCCAAUGUUCUGGUGUUCACUUGCAAACAAAUAGAAAACCCUCAGAGAGAAUCCAUGAGAAAUUAGAGACACCGCUGAGAAAUUUCUCUUCUACACUAGACAAGCAGCCUGCAAACUCUACUCUUGGAAGUUCAAAGCUUGCUGCAGCUGUUCGUAUGAAAUUUGAAGCAACAGACGACCACAAUUUAAAGGAUAUGGAGACUGUUGAAAUAAAUGGUAGUUUCUCUGUCCAGGCCAAUGUUACGGUCCAGAUACCAUCAGUGGUUGAAGAAAGAAAUCAUCAAGAAACAGAUGAGCACACCAUCACCAAAGGUUCCAGUGCAAAGGAAAGCCAUGCUAGUGAAAAGUUCACAACGAAGGUUUUGGACAAGUCUGAUAUUCCUGCAAAGCUGAUUAAUGCAAGCAAAAAAGAAAGUCCUUCACAUCUCAACAAUUUUGCAUGUGCUGUUUUAAAGAGUGCAAGCACAAAGCCUCUAAAAGGCACAGCUCAUUCUUGUGGAACAACAAAGAGGAAGAUCAACACAUCAGAAGAUAUUUUGGAGGAUGAAGUGAUGCAACAAAGGUCUACUGAUGAAAGGAUAAUCAUAAAUUCAUCCCCAGAAAUCGAGGAAACAAGCACUGGAAAAGAACCUAAGCCUGCUGGAGCAAUUCUGGUGACCCGUCUAAGUGCUGUAAAACAAGAACCUAGAGAAUCCGGAUAUGAUGAACAGACACAGAAUAGAGGGAAGGCUGGUCAGACUAGAGAAAGGCAAACCUCAAAUCAGUUGAUAAGUAAAAAGCAGACUGGUGCAGGAUCUUUUCUUGGAAUAAAGGGUGAAGGUCUUCCCAUUGAAACUGGUCAUGCUAAAAAGAAAGACAGAAGCAAGCAACUGGAAAAAUUACAAGGUGAACUGCAAGUGAAGCAAUUCCCCAAAAGUCAAGUACUAACAGUAAGUAAACCUAACUCAAAGUUGUCCCUGAAGAUAGAAGGUCGGAGGCUGAACUUCAAAUGUAACGUACCUUCAGAAAUGGUUAAAGAGCCAUGUCUUGCCAAGGAAUUAGGAUUCAAGUCACCUUCUGGUCUAAAACUCAAGAGGCAGUGGAAGACUGAAAGUACUAAGGAGAAUGGAGGUGACGAGUUUGGAUACAAAGCAAUCAAGGGAAGUCCAGAGACCAGUUCAACUUCUUUGAUUCACAUGAAGAAGAGAAGGAUAACAAGUUCCACGGGACCAGUCCUCCAAGAGAAUGAGAAUUUUAGAGAUUUUCAGAGUAGAUUGGUAAAAUCAUAUGACAGAUCAAAUCAAAAUAUUAGAGUCAAUAAAGUUGAGAAUGAUGAACUUCUUGAUUCCACAGCAUUCAUUGUUCCAUCACCAAACAUCGCAGAUCUCGAGAAAAUGACAAUCAAUCAACUCAAGGCUGUGGCAAAGCAAGAGAAACUGGGCAGCGUGUAUAAGCUUCGCAAGGCUGAGCUGCAAGAAUUCCUUCGCUCUAAGCUGCUAGCUAAAGGUCGGUCAACAUAAAGCAAUCUCUAUGCCCACUUUUUGUUGCACAUUCUCAAAUUGAACAUAACAGAAUUGUUUACAAGUUCUUAUGGGAAGAAAGGAGCUCUCAAGGGGGAAACGGGAUACUAACAAAUGAUGUUCAUCUAACCAACUGUACAGAGAAAUUGAAGCUUUGCUUAUAAUGAACAGAUAUAUGAGAAAGAAUAUAGAAAAAUUGAUUCUAGGAAUUAAUUGUAGCCAAGUUCUACCCA